GGAAGAAGAAGUAGAAGAUCUAGUUGCAUGCAGACAGUAACAUCAGUAACAGCAUGUCUUACAGUGCAAAGAUCGGUCCGUCCAUCCUGAGCAGCGACCUGUCCUGUCUGGGCAGUGAGUGUGUGCGGAUGAUGGAGUGCGGGGCAGAUUACCUGCACCUGGACGUCAUGGACGGGCAUUUUGUCCCCAACAUCACAUUUGGUCACCCCAUGGUAGAGUGCCUAAGGAAGUCAGUAGGCCAAGACCCUUUUUUUGACAUGCACAUGAUGGUGUCUCGGCCGGAGCAGUGGGUGAAGCCCAUGGCUGCAGCAGGAGCCAACCAGUACACAUUCCACUUAGAGGCCACCACCAACCCUGGAAACCUCAUUAAGGAGAUAAAAGAGAGUGGCAUGAAGGUGGGUUUGGCCAUAAAGCCUGGUACUACCGUUGAAGAGCUAGCACCCUGGGCAAACCAGAUCGACAUGGCUCUGGUCAUGACUGUUGAACCUGGCUUUGGAGGACAGAAGUUUAUGGAGGACCAGAUGCCAAAGGUGAGCUGGCUGAGGAGCCAAUUUCCUUCAUUAGACAUUGAAGUAGAUGGAGGCGUCGGCCCUGACACCAUUCACAAAUGUGCUGAGGCAGGAGCCAACAUGAUUGUGUCAGGCAGUGCUGUGAUAGGUAACGACGACCCUCGUUCUGUCAUCGCUCUUCUGCGCACCGUGGUGGCCGAAGCAAUCCAGAAGCGCUCGCUAGACCGUUGAGAUGUCGGGUUUUUUCUGUUGAAGUCCCCACAGCAACACUCUACCUGCCUGUCUCAGUGAUACACCACAGCAACCAGUGGAAUGGACUUAAUGCGGACAUUUCUGGGGUAGAAGUUUAGGUUUGUGGUCAGAGCAGUGGGGCUUUUGUGGAGGGGUGUGCUGACGGCCAAAUCCAGAUCACUUUGAUGUGAGUAAAGCUGCACUGUGCCUCUAAAAACCAGUUUGAACUUAAUCCAGUACUGCAACAAUCUCCUCUCUGAACAGUUAACUCAAAGUGAAUCCCAGCUUUGGAACAACCGUGCAAAGACCGGAGUGGAGGUUACGCUGAAUCUGUAAACAUUCCCAAAUAUUGUUUUGACUAACACUGUAACUUUUAAAGUAUGAAUUAAGUAUGGAAAUAAAAUAGCCUCAGGAGCACUGUGUUUAGUUAUCUUCUAUGUUGCAAGUCAUUAAAAUCAUGUUUCAUACAUCAUAAAACAGUUCUGGCUCUUUCACUGUACACUACUGAAGUCCUUGAGAUUUGGUUUUGCGGAUUAAAAAGCCUCAAGAA